CAUGUCUUUCUUCAAACGCAACGACCCCAGCGCACCCGCGGCGCGCAGAGCCGGCGCCGGCGGGCCAUACGAUCGUGUACCCUCCGAGGCGGGCUCGAGCGCGUCUCUCCCACCCUCCCGCUCACCAGCACCGCCCUCCGGGCUGGGCGGCGGCCAGGGUGGAUACGGCGGCCAGCAGUAUGGCCAGCAGGCCGGGUACGGCCAGCAGAGUGGCCGGCACGGAGGUUAUGGUGGUGGUAGCCAGGGUGGAUAUACUCCUUCAGCACCACCACCCCGCCACGACCAGUACGGGUACCCCGAAGAGAAGUCCGAGUACCGCGCACCAGCACCGCCUCAGCAGCGGCCGCUCCCCUCAUCCCCCGCACCUCGUCAGCAGUAUGGCCAGCAGUCAAGCGGCGGCAGCGGACGUGGAACUUUCGGCAUCGCACCUUGCCCGUCUGACCCAUUGGCGCUGACCAACCGGUUGGUUGUCAAUCCGGCCGACUUUCCCCAGGAUGUCGAGUGUGUGAUCCUUCGGGGCAAGUACAUCCUUUCGAUUAUUCGGGACAACACUGGGACGCUUCCGCCCCGGCAUCUCGGCCCAUCCAAGAUUCAGCGGCAGUGGAUCGGGCUGUCCGCUGUUGGUGAGACGGUCGACUGCGAACCGUACUACCCUGGCAGCGGCGACUUUGCGUCCGAUGUCGAGCUCGAAGUCGGCUUCUUGGUCAAGCGCAAGGAGACUGCUGACUUGUUCGAUGCCGAAGACAUGUCGGCCGCGUUCAUCAAUGCAUUCCCGAACAUGCCUCUGACGCCCCUUCAAAGCUUGGUAUUCGACUACCGUGGACACCAGCUCAAGGCGCUUGUGCGCAACGUCUCGACCCUCGACGGGCAAGAGGGCGCGACCGGCAUAGUCAUGGAGGGCUCCGAGAUCUUGUGGUCGAAGGACCCUGCGUCCAACAUGAAGCUCAAGAGUAGCUCCAAGAUGCGCUCACAAAACGCGAUUCUUGCACCCAACUUCAAGUUCGAGGACAUGGGGAUUGGUGGUCUGGACACCGAGUUCAGCGCUAUCUUCCGCCGCGCGUUCGCAUCUCGCAUCUUCCCUCCGGCGCUUGUUGAUAAGCUCGGCAUCCAGCACGUCAAGGGUAUUCUCCUCUACGGCCCGCCCGGUACGGGUAAGACUCUUAUGGCACGCCAGAUCGGCAAGAUGCUCAAUGCGCGCGAGCCCAAGGUCGUGAACGGCCCCGAAAUUCUGAACAAGUUUGUGGGCCAGUCUGAGGAGAACAUUCGCAAACUGUUUGCGGACGCCGAGAAGGAGCAGAAGGAGAAGGGCGAUGAGUCAGGCCUGCACAUCAUCAUCUUCGACGAGCUUGACGCCAUUUGCAAGCAGCGUGGCUCGACCAACUCUGGCACCGGUGUCGGCGACUCGGUUGUCAACCAGCUGCUCUCCAAGAUGGACGGCGUGGACCAACUCAACAACGUUCUCAUCAUCGGCAUGACAAACCGCAUGGAUAUGAUCGACGAGGCGCUCCUCCGCCCAGGGCGUCUCGAGGUGCACAUCGAGAUCUCGCUGCCAGACGAGCACGGCCGCCUCCAGAUUCUCAACAUCCACACUGCCAAGAUGCGUGACAACGGUGUGAUGGGGCAUGACGUCGACCUUGCCGAACUCGCCGCACACACCAAGAACUUCUCCGGCGCCGAACUCAACGGCCUCGUCAAGAGCGCAACUUCGUUCGCGUUCAACCGUCACGUCAAGGUCGGGUCCGUCGCGGCCUUUGAUGACGUCGAGAACCUCAAGAUCAUGCGUGCUGAUUUCAUGCACGCGCUCGACGAGGUGCAGCCUGCGUUCGGCGUGAGCGAGGAGGAGCUGCAGCAGGUCGUGACGAUGGGAAUGAUCCACUACUCGAAGUCGAUCAACGAAAUCCUCAAUGACGGCUCGCUGCUGGUGCAGCAGGUGCGGCACUCGGAGCGCACCCCCCUCAUUGCUGCGCUCCUUCACGGCCCGACCGGUUCAGGCAAGACUGCGCUCGCAGCGACCAUUGCGAUGCAGUCCGACUUCCCCUUCAUCAAGCUCAUCUCGCCGGAGCAGAUGGUUGGCUACGGAGAGGCACAGAAGAUCGCACAUCUGCACAAGGUGUUCUCGGACGCGUACAAGUCGCCAUCAUCUGUAAUCGUCGUCGACAACAUCGAGCGCUUGCUUGACUGGAACCCGAUCGGGCCCCGCUUCUCCAACGGUGUUCUGCAGGCGCUCGUCGUGCUGUUUGGCAAGCGCCCACCCAAGGGCCGCCGCCUGCUUAUCCUCGCGACGACGAGCAACCGGUCCAUCCUUGCCGACAUGGGCGUGCAGGAUGCCUUCGACACGGACAUCCCUGUGUCCCCACUGACGUCACUCGACGCGGUUGAGCACGUCCUCAAGGAGAUCAAGAUGUUUGACCACUCGGAGCUGCAGAAAUGCAUGAGCAUGCUGCGCGAGGCACGCUUCGGCGAGCAGGGGCGCCCCGACUUCAACGUGGGCGUCAAGAAGCUGCUCACACUCUCCGAGAUGGCGCGGCAGGACCCGGCACCAGCGUUCAAGCUGGCCUCCUCGCUCAUCCGCGAGUCCAACUUGUAGUAGAUCAGAUGAUAGAAUGUACGGAUUAGCAAUGCAGGAGAUAGAUGACUUGCAUGGU